AGGGGGGGAAGAGCAGCUGCCUGCACAUUGGCAGCUAACCAAGAUGUGGCCUCCAUCUGUCAGAUUUCUGGAGAAACUGUCUUUCGUUCCAUGGUCUUAUUUGCUCCAGUGUUACCUUUUUAGCAAGUGCCUUCCCGAUAAAGUUUCCUGGUGAUACGAAAUCCCUUCCGAAUCAGAGGAGACUUGUAAUGCCAUGAGAACAAACUCCAGUCCUGGAUGCUUCGUGAUAUUUUUCUUGCACCUCAUUGGCUAAGAAGAUCAGCAACAAAAAGCAGAUGUGCUUGUAGAGUUUACAAUAAAUUCUCUCUGACUUUUCUUCUUCUCCUUUUUUCCCCCUUCAACAAAGAAGAAGCCAAGGGAACACAGACUCUAGAGGACUUCUGCAGGUUGGAGCAUAUUUGUUAUCUGCUGUUUUUCUCUCCGAGAGGCAGGAAAUAUUCUGAUUGCUAGUCAAUGUUUGAAAGUGGAGAUACUUUCACAGAGCAGAGUGGGUGUAGCCAAGGUUGCUGAAGAUCACAAGUGAACUGUGUGGUGUGGACCAGUAACUUGCCUUGGUGAACAAGUUUGUCACUCUGGAUUACCCUGGACACGAAGCCCUCUUCCCCAACAUGAAGCAAUGCUCUGGGAGAUGUCCUAAACCAGUCCUUAUGAUCACCAUGCUGUUUCUAAUCAAACAGGUCAAAGGAAAUUUUGAGAAAAUAAAGGCUAGCUUCCUAACCUAUAAAGAAGCAUGCCUGAAAAUGUUGCAGGAGUCUACAGUCGAUACAGGAAUAUAUUGCAACGGGACUUUUGAUAACUUUGUCUGCUGGCCCCAUUCACCUCCAGGAAAAGUCUCUGUUCCAUGUCCUCCUUAUUUACCGUGGCUAGACAAUGGAAGUGCAGGAAAUGUAUACAGAGUCUGCCUGGGCCACGGGAUUUGGCAAGAAUUUGAGAACACCACCGUUUGGAGCAACCGUUCAGAGUGCAAAAUAGAACAACACUUGAUCAGAAAUGUUAACGAAAGCAAACUGUUUGUCAUCUUUAAGGACUUUUACACUGUGGGAUAUUCUAUUUCUUUUGCUUCCCUUGUCUUAGCAUUGUUCAUCAUGCUACUGCUGAGGAAACUGCACUGCACAAGAAACUAUAUCCAUAUGAACCUAUUUGUUUCAUUCAUUCUGCGAGCCAUAGGAGUGCUCCUAAAAGACAGAGUAACUUACAUUAUUUAUUUGGACUCUGAAAAGCCAAGUGAUUUAAAUGGAUGGAUUUCUCCCUUGCGUCCAGAGAUGUUAACAUUAUGCAGGCUGGCUCCACUUUUCAUGCAUUAUGCUGUGGAGGCAAACUAUUUCUGGCUUUUGGUGGAAGGAAUUUACUUGCACAAGUUAUUGACCACGGUGCUGUCUGAGAAACAUCAACUGCUGAGAUACCUCUUCAUUGGAUGGGGUGUUCCGCUGCUAUUUGUAGCUUCUUGGGGAAUAAUAAGAUACCACCUGGAGCAUGAAGGAUGCUGGGCAACCAAUCAGAACAUGGCCUUCUGGUGGAUCAUUCGAGGGCCCAUAUUAUUUUCUAUUGCUGUUAACUUCUGCAUCUUCCUAAACAUUCUGAAACUGCUACUUUCCAAACUUAAAGCCCAACAGAUGAACUUUCGCGAUUAUAAAUUGAGACUGGCAAGAUCAACCCUGGUUUUAAUACCAUUACUUGGGAUUCAUGAGGUCGUCUUUAGCUUCAUCACUGAUGAACAGAUCGAAGGUUCUUCCAGGCAAAUAAAAACCAUCAUUCAACUGAUAAUCUGUUCUUUCCAUGGCUUUCUGGUAGCACUUUUAUACUGUUUUUCUAAUGGAGAGGUAAGAGCUGAACUGCACAAGCAUUGGUCCCGUUUCUUGCUGGCUAAGCCCUUCAUCAGCAUGCCCUGCUUUCUUAGAAAGAACAUCAAGUACCUGGGGAAAUGUCCAAAGAAAUCACCUUUGAACAAUAAUUGUGCCUCCCUGGAAGUGACGCCACCUCAGAACGUGCCCAUGGCCAGUCAGAGAACAAGCUAUGAUGUGGAGCUCAGAUCGAGCUUAAGGUGCAAUCCAAGAGUAAGUCUCUCAGACAGUGAAGGAGAAUUCACCACUGGCGAGACAGUGGAAGAGGUCUUUGAAGAAAGUGAAAUUUAGACUCGUGACAGAAGCAAAAAAUAGAGGCAUUGGCUUGAGAAACAGUGGGGUAUCUUGCAUCAUGCUUUGUGUGGAAGCCACUGGAAUUAAGGAUCCAGAGGGGGAACAAAAGAAUGAAAACAGUUUCAGAGCAUUAUUCCUUCCAAUAUUAUUCAUUUUAUCUGUGAAAAUAUUCCCUGAAGACUGAAGGCUCUGGCUUCCUCUCUGGUUCUCCUUAGGCUGAUUGUCAAAUUAGGAAUCCAAAGUAUGAAUUGUUCGGCCCGUAAGGGCCUGCUGCUUACAGUCUGCCUGGAACGCCCUGUAUUCAACGCCACUAGAAACCAAGUCUAGUUGAACUGUAAAGGACAACAGUUGCUUUUGUGAUGCUGUUAAACAAGAAGCUAAACUCUUGUAGUGAAUAUAUAAACUGGACAGACUGUUGGGCUUCACACAUUACAUAUAAGAGGUUUCAUGUAUAUAUUUAUAAGCACAUUUUCCAGCAUUUGCUAUUUGCUUCCAACGUAACAAAUUUGUUUUGUAUUCCUCCCCGCCGUCCACCAUUAUGCUUCCAACAGGCCUGUAAUGGAAUAAUCAUUACUUGAGUUUACAGACUGGAAACUAAUAUGAGUUACUCAGAGCUGAACAGAGGAGAAAAAGAACUCUGAGAAGCCUCAGAAAUCCCACAGUGGAAAGGGAGGGAGAGAGAAGGACUGAAGGAAAAGUUCUGAAAUACACACAAACACAAAAAGAGCAAAAAAACACAAAAAAACCACAAAAAGAGCAAGUGAUUAAUUAAGCGAAUAGGGAGGCAGAGCUUCACACAUGACUCCAGAAAGAGAACUCAUUAUUGUUCAUUGGUCUCAGCUUCAUUGUUCAGCCUGUCAUCCAGAUUGUUAUUGGUCUGGUGCUGUGUUCUCCAACAUCACCUCUUACACUAUGCAAUAUUAAUGCCGUUUACCUACAGAGAGCAUUCCUAGGAAUUAUAUGAUUAGCUCUUCUGAGAGAUUUUUUUUUGCACCAUUAUCAUCCUUUUGGUGAAACCAUACAUGUCACCCACCAUGAUUGGGAUUGCUAUUUAAAACAAAGCAAUGUGAACAGUUGUCAGGUUUCUUUUCUUUUGUUCUGCUUUUGGAAGAGGAACCCACACAGCAAAUAAUGCAGAUGCUUUGUUUUCCUUGUAGGGAAAGAGGAAUGUCCAGCCCCAGGUUGCAUUGAUUAGGGAGGAUAUGACAUUUGGAGGUUAUUACUACCAAGAUAAGCUCAUUACAAAGCAACGCUAUGCAUUUUAUUGCAUUCCUUCCUUCCAAACUUGGUAGAUGAGAAGGUACCAACAAGACAUUUACAUGUAGAUCUAUGUAAUGGGUUUUCCUCAGGUAUUUCUCUCUCUCUCCAGAAUAGCUGUGCCAGGAGUCUAUAUUCUUGAGAAGAAAGACACCCAAGCAUGAAUAUUUACCUCAUUUGCCACUAUCCGUAUCAGUUCCUAGAUUUUAAACUUUUGUUUUUCUCCAUGUGGGAGAUAAAAGGAAAGACAACAAAAGCAUCUAUAUGCUAUGCCUAGAAUCAUGAGGAAGUGCUAAUCUAUGCCUCCAGUUCUAGAACUUGUUUUGGUGUUUUUAUUCCAAGAAAUGCUCCUUUGUGGAUUUCAGAGACUCUAUGUUUUCAUUCUUUAUAUAUCACACCUAGUGCUGUUACAACAACCUGCUCAUGAUGCUGGCUUUGUCUAACAUGUAAGAAAAGAUUCACAAGUAUUUUCCUCAGUACGUUUUGUUGGAAAUGUAAAAGACAAUUUAGAAUUUUUAUUUUUAAACAUAAACCAAAGAAGAUAAUCACAAAUAUCAAAACAAUUCAUUUACUUGCUCAUAAAUUGUCUUAGAAGAACAUUGUUUAAAGGGCUAUUCAGGCAAAUGAAAUACAUCCCAAUGUGGAAGACAUUGUUUCGGGUAUGAAGACAUGGUUGUGCAUGGUAGGAAUGAUGGGAUUUGAAGUCCCGCAUCUUUUAUUUUAGCAAUACCGGAAGAAGGAUAAGAAGUAGAAGAAAGAAGGCAGAAAGGGGAGUAUCUGAUUUAAGAGAAAGAGGCCAACUAAUUUUCCAGGACAGAAGGGAAGGAGAAGAGGUAGGACUGGGUGUCUACCCCUUGAGGCAGAAGGUGAGCUUAUGUGAGGUAAGAAUGAAAGAGAAAACAGAAGACCUGAUGCAUCUCCAGUUGUGCUGGGUGAAGCCGCAGAAGAGAGGGCCUGAUAGAAAUAUAUGUAUGUGGAGCAGGGUUACACAAAAUCCAGGACACAAAUGUUUGAGGGAUCGAUAUGUGUAUACAUUGGUUGUGUGCAGCUUGGUUUACUGUGGUAUUCCUAAAUAUAUAAGGCUUUAGGAUCUGUUGACUGAUGGUAAGUUACAGAAUGAACAUCGAUAUUCUUCAAGAAGCCUGGAUAAUGAUCUGUCAAUUUCUUUGAAGGCAUAAAUCUGCCUUGGUAGAAUUAAUUUCCUUUCAAGAACAUUGGCUGUGUCUGUCAAUUUGUGUACCCAUUGGCCAGUUCCUUGAAUCAAUUUGAUUUAAACAUAUUUAAAAUUAUCUCCUAAUAAAAUGUUCCUUGCUUCUUC